UAAUAAACGAAUUAGAAAGUAGGAAAGUGGAGAAGAGGCAGAGAAAUUAAAGUGGAAUGGAGGUGUUCGAAAAGGCACAGGUGGUGCGUCUGAGGAGUCGCCAUGACAAAUAUCUGUUGGCAGACACUGACAAAGAGGGCGUUUACCAAGAUCGAAAUGGGAUAUACAAAAAUGCUAAAUGGAGCGUGGAGAUCGUCCAGGGUACCAACUGGAUAAGACUCAAGAGUUGCUAUGAAAAAUACUUAACAGCCUCCAACAUGCCGUUUUUGUUAGGCGCCACAGGUAAGAAAGUCAUCCAGACCCUUCCCACAAGGUUAAACUCUUCUUUGGACUGGGAACCCGUAAGAGAAGGUUCAUACGUCAGGCUUAAAACACGUUAUGGACAGUUUCUUCGUGCCAACAAAGGCUUACCACCCUGGAAAAAUUCUAUCACCCACGAUAUCCCGCAUCGCACAUCAACCACAAAUUGGAUCCUCUGGGAUGUCGACCUCGUACAGCUUCGACCACAACAACCUCCCAAACCGAUUUCGCUCCAUCCUCCCGUCUUAGAAUCUCCUUCUCAUUCUCCACCGGAUGAUGCCUCCUUCAGUAUAUAUCUCAAGUCUCCUUCAAAUCAGGGUGAAGAUUUUUUGGAGGCUAAGUCACCGAUAAAAGAUGGAAGGAUUGUAUAUUAUAACGUGGAACAUGGAGAUGCUUCUGAUGAGAGUGAAGAAAAAUUCUUCUCGUUCCAAGGAAGUAGCGUGGAGGAUUUGAAGGAGAAGUUAAAGGAAGAGACGGGGCAUGAUGAUAUUGUUGUGUGCUGCCGCAACCCAUUCAACGCCGAACUUCAUCCCCUUCGUUUGCAAUUACCUCCUAACAACUCUGACAUGCACGUUGUUGUAAUUACUCCUUCUUGCAAUGCAUAAACAAACAAUGAAAAAGAUGUUGAGCAUUGGCAGUUCAUCCAUUGGUGGAAAUUCUUCGUGAAAAGAAGGGUUCGACUUAAAAUCCGUGUUCUCAUUCCAAGAAGAAAAAGGGGCAGAAGAGGAAAACAGAGAAAUCGAAAAAUAAAAAUGGCGUAGACGUUCGAAAUACCAUGAAGAAGUAAUGUUAGUCUCCUCACAUCUUCGGGAUUCAAUAUUCUUUGUUCUGUAAUCUGUAAUUUUCUU